CUGUACUGUUUCUUUUAAAACACUCCUGUUAUAAUUAAUUCUCAACAGAAUUUUAGAAUUACCUGCGUUAGAUAAGAAGAAUAUUUUCACCCAAGUAACAAGGGGAAGUUGAGAUCACCAAUUUGAUAAUCCUCGUAAUCAUAAUCAAAGGUUCCUACAGUUGCAACUUUACUGCCAUAGUUGCGUCGAAUUAGCACUUUAAUGUUACGAGACCAACAUUUUCAAUUAAGCUUGCAGUUAGCUUGUAGUAAACAACGAUUAUGCGUGCGUGGAGGUUCACUGAUCGCAUUGUUAGCAUAAUUUCCAGGUAAAGAACGAAAGAGAUAAUGCACAAACAAGUGGAAAGCGUUCCAUAGUGGGGAUUCCUACCCACUCCACAAUCCCAACGCUAUAAUUAACGCAGUUUCAUCAAUUUCGUAGCAGUAAACUCGCGGAUUUAUAGCGCAACAUGACAACGUGUAUUUGUUUGUAAACUCUGCUUGAAAAACAGCCUAAUAGUUAGUAAAAAACGGUAUGUUAGGUCGUGUUCAGCCAAGGUUCCGUCUUCACAAACAUCAAAAAAUCAAGAAUAAUCGCAUGAUCAUAUAGUACUAAAAAGUACACAGAACAGUGAAAAUUUUCAAUCGCCGACUUUCGAACAAAUUAAGAAGAAAGAUUCGGACGUGAAAAAUAUUGUAAGACGAAAUUGAGAGUUCGUUUUGCAAAUGACCGCGUGGCGGAAGUUAUUUGGUACGUUUAAUAGUCGAAAACAAAGUUAAAAGCAAAACUUUGCUUAUACUUGAUCCGAAAAUGUUAAAUUUCGUCGCUUCUGCGAGUCUUUGAACUCUGCAGAGGCAAAUACCUGUUUGUAACGAACACAGUGAGUUGUGGUCUGAUGAUGGCAACCGCAGACCUAAUUCAACAACGCAGUGAAUUUUGGAAGAGGAAUAACAAUCUCUUGCCAGAUGGAACUCGAAUAAUUGCAGCGUCUCUGGAAGACGAUACAGAAAGCACAGAAAUGUACGUGCACGAUUAUGUGCGAACUAAAAAUAUGACAACGGUGGGUUUGGUUCAAGGUCCUUUCCACCAUUGGUUCUACAUUUUUUUGGAUAAAGUAUUGCCUGGAAGAAACGCGUUGUCAGUGAUUAAAAAGACAUGCUUAGACCAAACCAUAGCAAGUCCCACAUGUUUGGGAAUAUUUUUCGUAGGUCUUGGAAUACUUGAACAUCGAAAGAUCGAGGAGAUCUGCGAGGAAUUGGAAGUGAAACUCUACGACACAUGGAAAAUCGACUGCUGUUUCUGGCCUCCCAUGCAGUGUGUGAAUUUCUUUUUCAUACCUUUUCGCUACCGUGUGCUGUAUACAAACUUCAUGACAAUGAUCUACGACAUUUUCUUAUCCUACAUGAAAUACGAUGCCGAAUACGAAUGACGAAGAGAUCUCUGAAUAUCUAUCCUGAUCGAAACAGAUCGUACAAAAUUAUUCUUUGCUCAUUCAAGAAAUCCACAACGCUAAACGUGCAACUAUAAGUUUGUAAAUUUUCAAGAUAUUUGAUAAAUAAAUUACAAUGUUACAAAACAAACUUAGUUUGAAGACGAAGAAAUCUCUGAAUAUCUAUCCUGAUCGAAACAGAUCGUACAAAAUUAUUCUUUGCUCAUUUACGAAAUUCACAAUGCUAAACAUGCAAUGAUAAGUUUGUAAAUUUAAAAGAUAUUUGACAAAUAAAUUACAAUGUUUCGAAGCAAACUUAGUUUCUAGAAAAGAAAGAAAGUUACACAAUCCCGUUAUCGGUGUUUCAGAACGAUUGGUAUAUCAUUUAUAGUUCGACGCGACUAGAUAACGUUAAUCACGUUAAUUUCUGCAUUCGAUUGAUAAGGAUUCAGAUAAAAGAAAAAUAAAUAAGUAUUAUAUAGUGGCGUCGAAAAAGGUUUCGAAACUUUUCAAUCUGCUGAAUCCCGAAUGAUCCUUAUCAAUAUUUUAUUUGCGUUAAAUGGCAUGCAGUAUAUAACUUGUCUGAUGCAUCUUGAUGGAAUUUCUGUUCGUUAUCAAGAGGAUGUUGUUUAUUAGGCUUUUGUUUGGCGUUCGGCGACAACGGGAUUACAAAGUCUUCUAAGCCGACAGUCGCCAGUUAACAAACAAUGAUCAUUCCAAUGUAAAUACAAACAAUAAACCGACCGAAAUAAUAAACAAAAGCGCCACGAUACUUGAUACACUCUUAAAUCAUGUUUUAUAGAAACUUGUGUUACUACAGAAAUUAGAUUUAUUGUUUGUACAUAAUCUACAGUUUGUCGAAUUCCAUUAUAAUCUAGCCACUGUGAUCAUUAAAGGCAAUUUAAUAUUUAAUAUUUAAUCAAAUUUUGUUCCUUCUGCAAUCCAUUUAUAUAUAUUGAAACUGAAUUGUCAAAAUUGUUGUUUACGUAAUAACGGAUCAGAAACGACUAAUUGCACAAUUUUGAACGAGAAUUCUGUGUAUUGAAAGCGUAUGAAAAAUCAACUGGAAUUAAAAUAUAAUUGAUUAUAGCUUUAUCAAUCAUGUUAGCUUUCUUUGACAUAUACAUAUAGUAUUCAUUUUGUGUGAAGUAUAUCAUGUGCAGAGUUUCAAAACUGUUAUACUGGAUUUGGUUAUUAAAACAGAUAUGAAAACUGAAAUGAUGCAAUAACUGUUAUGAACAAAGAAGAUUCUAUCAUAUCUCGAUUUCAAUUCCAGUUUCAGUUUUACAUUUAAAGGAUAUAACCCAAACCUAGAUACUUUUAAUAGUAUUUGAAGAUGACCUAUAUUUAAUAAGCACAAAAUACAAAGCUUUGUUCAAUAUUUUAGCAUUAAUGACAUCGGA